AUGCUAGUCGAUGACAAGGAGCUACUGAGGAGAGAUACCAGAAGUCUUGUCCUUCAGCCCGCUAUCCGAAACGGACAAUUCGAUCUGAUCAAAUGCGUGCUCGUUCCGGCUGGACGUGAAUACUUGGGAAGCAAACGUUGCAUCAAGAAGAACCUCGUGGAAGGCAUGCUGCAUGGCUCUUCAGCCGGUUUUCUGUCUCAACUCUUGACUUUCGUUCGGCCCUUCGCUACACCGUCGUAUGCUGUCGAUGUAAGCAUGCCUGAUACCAGUCAUCUUCUAAAAGACAUCGAAAAUAGCACUCCAAAACGAGAGGACGUGGCAAGAUGGCUGCUGGACUUCGGCGCAAAGACACAACGAAAGCUUCUACAGGGAGUGACCAAGCCCUCUCCAGAUCGACCAAGGUCGGACCUACAACUGGACUACUCGAACGCAAACCUGCUAUUCACUACCCUUCAGAAAGCAGCGGAGAGCGGUACCCAAAAGAUCAUUUGUUUGCUUCUCGAACGUGGAGCUGACCCAGUAUCUGCGUAA